AUGGCGCAGCCGACGCAGGAAAACUCGCCCAAGACCUCCGAUGUCGAGAAGACCGACUUAUCAGGCGACCAUCACAAGGAGCGGCUAGCGCAGUUCGAGGAUCCUGAUGAGGGAUUGAGCGAGGAGGAAAGGGCGAAGAUUGAUCGCGCCCUGCUUUGGAAGCUCGACUUGAGAUUGGUUCCCUGGUUGAGUCUACUCUAUCUUAUUUCCUUCCUGGAUCGGACCAACAUCGGCAAUGCGAAGCUCGUGCAUCUACAGGAGGAUCUUGAUAUGAGUGAUAGCCAAUACAAUGCGGCACUGACCAUCUUCUUUGUUUCAUACUCGGUUUUUGAGCCCCUGACCAACGUUCUUCUCAAGCGUUUGCGACCUAGCAUCUUCAUACCAAUCAUUAUGGUCCUAUGGGGAAUCUGCAUGAUGUGCAUGGGCUUUGUCCACAACUGGGCCGGUCUCAUGGCUGUCCGCUGGUUUCUUGGACUAACAGAAGCCGGUCUCUUUCCCGGUGUUGGAUAUUUCCUCUCCUGCUGGUACAAGCGUCUUGAAUUUGGUGUGCGCAUGGCCAUAUUCUUCUCCGCUGCCGCUCUGGCGGGUUCCUUCGGUGGUCUUCUCGCCGCCGCCAUUGCUCUUAUGGAUGGGAUAGGCGGGAAAGAGGGCUGGGCGUGGAUCUUUAUCCUCGAGGGCCUCGUGACGAUCGUUGUCGGUGUUAUGUCCUUCUGGAUGGUUUACGACUUUCCGGACGAGGCGACGUUUUUGUCGGACGAUGACCGCAAGCGUGUUUUACGUAGGCUGGCGUCUGAUCAGCAGGCAAGCGCAGAGCACGAGAACUUUAAGAUGGCGUAUUUCUGGAAUAGUGUCAAGGACUGGAAGACCUAUACGGGUAUGAUUAUUUAUAUGGGCGCGGACGGGUGUCUCUAUGCAUUCUCGCUGUUUGUGCCGACUAUUAUCAACGAACUGGUUUACCGGCUCUUAACUAUUUAG